UAUAAAGUAGACCCCAACCCCAUGGCAGUUUCAUUUCAGAAAGCUCCAUCGCUAUUUCCCAUAGAGCCCCGCCAAUAUCCCCAAAACUCCUCCAUGGUUAGGGAAAAGAGUGGUGCUAGAGAGAUGGAUGGCCGCAAUCUGCUGGGUGAUGUCGGAGGAGCCGCGAGAACGAACCAGAACAAGACCAAGGUCAUCAAGAUAGCGGUGCCGGUGCUGGCCAUGCUGCUGCUGCUCACGACGGCGGCUGUCUCCACGACGCCGGACGACCGUGCCUGCCUCCGCGCCUACUUCCGCCGCGACAUGUUCCUGGUGUUCUGCGUGUUCGUGAGCACCACAACCGGUUGUCUCCUGGCGUGGAUGGCCGUUAUGGCGCCGACGGAGGCUUCCCGGUGCUCGUACGCGUGGGCCACCGUCAGGUGCUUCGCGCUUCUUGCCAUCAAUCUGUACUUCGCUUUGUCCAACCUCCCGGAUGUCGACGAUGCUGCCUAGGUUCGCUGCGCGCGUGUGGAUGUGCCUGCCGGAGGAUCGAAGAUGGAUCAUUUCGGGGCUUGGAGAUGCGUCGUUUUAAUCAUUGUUAGAAGUUUGGAAGGGCCUGCCGUAUCGUUGUACUUGGUUUCUUUUUCUGUUGUCCUCCUCACCUGGGUUUUAGACUGCCUGUUUGCAUCUGCUGCAUUAAUGCUUAAUCGGGAAUCGACCUCGAGUAUCCCUGGAGCCUACGUAGUAGUAGUAUGAACUUCGAAAGGGUUUGAAUUUUGUUUAUCUGAAGCUUUGAACGUUGGAAAUUAGAAUGCAUGUGACUGAGUGAACUUCCUUAUUCUGAAACAACUAAGUGAUUGUUUUGCAA